AUGGCGCCAGGCAAGAAGUUUGUGCGAGGUAAAAGAUCUAACCAUCACGUUCCAAGAGACUACGCAGAAUCUAUACAAGAAUUAACUAUCCACUCUUCGGAAGAUAGCGAUAAUGAUUCCAAGAAUUCAAGUGAUGAAGGUACGGAGGCAGAAUUUACUGUCAGUAUGUGGGAUUUAAAUCAUUGCGACCCAAAAAAAUGUUCCGGUCGAAAACUCUUACGACAUAACCUUAUAAAAAACCUUAAAUUAGGUCAAAGAUUUCAAGGUCUCGUUUUGUCCCCAGUAGGUACACAAUGUGUUAGUCCUAAUGACAAAGAAAUAAUCUCAAAGUUUGGGUUAGCAGUAAUUGAUUGUUCAUGGGCUAAAAUAGAUGAAACCCCGUUUAAUCGAAUGAAAUCACCACAUCCUCGCUUACUGCCAUUUUUAGUAGCUGCAAACCCUAUAAACUAUGGGAAACCAUAUCAGCUAAGUUGUGUAGAAGCAUUAGCGGCAGCUAUGUUUAUAACUGGUCAUAAAAAAGAGGCGAAGUUUUAUUUAUCAAAAUUCUCAUGGGGACACUCAUUUUUAGAAUUAAAUUCUGAAGCAUUAGAUGCAUAUGCAGCAUGUACUGAUAGUAAAAGUGUCUUAGAAGCUCAGAAUAAAUAUCUUCAAGAUGUUUCAAAUGAAAAAGAUACUAGAUCUAUGUGGCCAUCAAGUAGUAGUUCUGAAUCCGAAAGUGAAAGUGAAACAAGUUAA